AUGUGGGAUUGGAAGAAAGGAUCCCCGAAAAUCCCAGUAAAGAAGAUGAAAAUGGCAGACAAAGAAGAAAAAAGUGAAAAGUACGUUUGUCUGCAAUGUUUGAAACAGCAUUUGCAAGGAAAGCGUGAUAAAAGGUUUGCGAAUAUUUGUCGUGCAGAUGUAUCCAGCGUAAAACGUCACAAACAGAGGUGGCACAGCUUGCCAAAUAGCGCACAAUGUACAAUUGUUCCUGAAUCGGCGCCUGAAGUGUCAGCUCUGAAGAAAGAAUAUCGUGAAGUAAAGCCAAAGGAUCGUAGGGCUGUCUCGUAUGCUGAGACGCUUUCCAAUGCUGUAGAGAAUAUCACCAAAGAGAACACCAUGGUAGAUGACUUUGAAGUACAGCAGUUCCAGAAGCCUAAAGGAACAAUGGAAAAGACAAGCGAGGAAAUGGAAACGAACGACGGAAUUUUUCGUGACGAUUCGGAACUCAGUGAUCUUGCUCCUUUGAAAUCUCAUUCUUCAGUGAAAAAUCAAAGCACACUUCUCACGAUGACAAGACCCAAGGCUACAGAACAAACAACAGAUACCUCCCUGAAGCAAGUGAUCGAUGCAGUGGCUGAUCUAAGCCUGAAGAUUGAUAGCAUUGGAACACAACAUAAAACCAUGGUGCAAUUGGCUUUAGAAGAUGGUGAGGUACAGAAAAGUCUUUCCACGUUGAGAAAAGCAGAGAACAUACUCCAACUGACUGAAUCCUCCAAGUUACUGGAGUGGUUUUACGAUGAAACAACUGAAUGUGCUGUGUUACGAUGCUUGCCCUGUUUCCAACUUCAUCUUGCAGCCAAGCCAACCCUUGCCAAACUUACGCCCCUAAAAGCUCAACGUCUCCUUAAUACAAGCGGUAGUGGCACUCUUGCUACUGGAAUUUUCGUAAAGAAGGAAACUACUAGGCUUUUGAUCCAAGGUCAUAAUCAAACGUGGUAUCGUGAGAAAAAUAUUUGUAUCGAGCAUGUGUGCCUUAUUGGUACUGGAUCCAUAACGCAUAAGAAAGCCAUGGAAGAGUACGAGAAGAACAAGCAAGCUGAGAAAAGAGCAGCAGCGUCAUCGGGAAACGUUUUUCGUGCGGCGAUAGCGGAUGUAAAAGUUUGUGCUGCUGGAAGACAUUUCGAAACUCUGAUCUCUUUCCUAGCAUGUUGCGGUGCGAACGUGGGGUCCAUUGGACAUUCUAGGAACAAUUUUAACCAUAUCCUAUAUUGUUUGGAAAAGAUUAUAGACAAAAGGAUUAACACAUGGUUAAAUACUCCCCUUUCAUCUACGCUUCUCCCUCCGCAUUUCUGGGCUACCACGGACAAAGCAACACCAUCGCGAAUAACAAAUCAAGCUGUGAUAAUCGUAGCGAGAAAUAAUGAAGGCGUUCCUUGUCCUAUCCCAGUAGCAUCGCCUCCGGUCUACUCCGAAUUUCAAGGAGCCACAUACAGAGAGCUAGCCAAGCAACUAUUAGAGGGAGUUUCACAGCACUUUUCUGAAGAUGUGCUUUCACGCCUUUGUGGAGUUGCAGCCGAUGGCCCAUAUCAGGCAUCUGGUUUUGCAGCACAACUGAGGGAGUCUCUUGCAAUUACCGGUGAUGACCCAGAUCUAGCAUUGCCUGUUACUUGGGACACUGCUCAUGUCCUUCAUCUAGCAGUUACAGAUGUCAGAGAUGCUCAAAAUCAAAGUGGAGCCUACUUUCGACAGUUCAUCAAGCGAUGCAACGUCUUUAACCACGUAAUGUCGCACGGGAAAGGUUUUGCAUUUCUCCAGAUGGUAGAUAAAGAUGCUAGAAGGCCCGUCUCCUAUGCCACUCAACGUUUUGCAAGUUCUGCGUACGAACAAUGGCAGAAGAUAGAAAAGAGCUACAGCUCCUUAUGGAAGGCGUUUGACUUGCUCCAUCCCCAGCGAAACGAUAACGAAGAAUGGCAGUAUAUGAUAGCGGGGUCGGACUUUGUGGCGGAUCUUCUGGCAUUCCUUGAUAUCAUGGGACCUGUCGUCGACCUGAUGAUUCGUGCCCAAGCACUGGAUACACCCAUGUGGAAGCUAAAGUUGUGGUGGCCAAAAGUCAAGGCGAAACUGAUGAAGGCAGGUGGCGGAGAUAUGGAAGCUUUUCCAAGGUUGCAAAAGGCGCAAGAUACACUCAAACCUGGAGAAACAUUCAGAGAUGUUGAAUUGCUACAAGGUUGGCUCAUUGUUCAAGACGAUGGCGUUAACGCUGGGGAAAAUCGCUUCAAAUGGAGCAUGCGAGAAGAGGAUGAAAUAAAGGAAGACCGUGAAAGAUUUGCUAGGAAUUUGGCAAAAGCUUUAGAUAAGCGGGUUAGUACAGUUGUCAACCCUGCUGUGGUGUCCCACUUGGAAGUGUUUGAUGCAGCAAAUCUGGUGAUGCUCCAUUGCGGUGAAGUGAAGGACGGUUCCUUGAAGUAUGUUCUCCCGGAAGGUGAGGUAGAAGAGUAUGGCGUAGAAUCAUGCAAACGUGUGUUGAAAGUAGCGUCAGAAAUGUCCCAUAUCCAUUCAGCUGGAAUAAAUUUCGACCAUCGCAUGGCACAUACCUACAUGUCGCGGAUAAAAAAAGCAGUAAAGCAAGGAAUUUGGAACGGUACAUGUCCUGAAUGGUUUGAGAGUCAAGAAGCCUCAAUGCCGCCGACGAAAGAAGGUGCCGAUCUUGUAGGAUUUUACUCGGUAAAUACUACAGAGUUAGAUUCAGUUUUUACAAUGCUUUUCGCAAAUGGUAACGUCCACAGAGUACGUCUUAACGAGCAUCGCUUCUAUGAAUCCUUUUACUCGAGAAAGGAAAUCUAUGAAGUUGCCGAGCCUGCUGCCUGUGCACUCCUUGAUAUAGUUUUGGCAAAAGGAGACCCAGAAGCCAUUGCAGAAAGUUUUUAUAACGCAAUGCGGAGUCAACAGCAAUCUGGUGGCCAGUUAAAUGAAACACUAGCAAGACGAACUAAGGUCAACUGGUGUCUUCCUUCAUUGAAGCAGUGCGAUGGUAUCAUCAAGGAAGCAGUCGCUCUCUAUCUCCGUGGAGAUGAUGUGAUUAAAGCCCACAAGAAAAACACGUUUUUUUCGGGCAGAGCUAAAGAAUACUUUGUGUCAAAAGUUGUAGAUCGUCAUCAUGCUGACAGUGGACGUUGUCCCUUUCUGGCUGACACUGAAUAA